AUGACUACAUCCACAAAGGAAGGCGGCUGUGCACAGUAUGUGGGGCCAUACCGUCUAGAGAAGACACUGGGAAAAGGGCAGACAGGUCUGGUAAAGCUGGGGAUUCACUGUAUUACAGGACAGAAGGUUGCAAUAAAGAUUGUGAACCGGGAGAAGUUGACUGAAUCGGUCCUCAUGAAGGUGGAGCGGGAGAUUGCCAUUCUGAAGCUGAUCGAGCACCCUCAUGUUCUGAAGCUCCAUGACGUAUACGAAAAUAAGAAAUAUUUGUACUUAGUGUUAGAACAUGUGUCCGGAGGGGAACUGUUUGAUUACCUUGUCAAGAAGGGGAGAUUGACACCAAAAGAAGCUCGCAAAUUCUUCCGACAAAUUCUAUCUGCACUGGAUUUCUGUCACAGUCAUUCGAUAUGCCACAGAGACCUGAAGCCAGAGAACCUACUCCUGGACGAGAAGAACAACAUUCGCAUCGCGGAUUUCGGAAUGGCUUCCCUGCAGGUCGGCGACAGUCUCCUGGAGACCAGCUGCGGUUCUCCACAUUAUGCCUGUCCAGAAGUCAUCAGGGGGGAGAAGUACGAUGGUCGUCGGGCAGACGUGUGGAGCUGCGGUGUGAUACUGUUUGCACUUUUGGUGGGAGCUUUGCCGUUCGACGAUGACAACCUCCGACAGUUGUUAGAGAAGGUGAAACGAGGGGUCUUCCAUAUGCCGCACUUUAUUCCUCCCGACUGCCAGAACUUACUACGGGGCAUGAUCGAAGUGGACGCAGAGAAACGCCUCUCACUGGAACAGAUUCAGAAGCACUCCUGGUAUCAGUAA